AUGGCUGCCCUGGGCGAGGACUUGCUCACCACGGUCAACAAGCUGCAAGAUUUGGUCUUCAACACCAUAGGCAGCGACUCUCUGGACCUGCCACAGAUUGUCGUCGUCGGCUCACAGUCGGCUGGCAAAUCGUCGGUCCUGGAAAACAUCGUCGGCCGAGAUUUCCUGCCCAGAGGAAGCGGCAUUGUCACCCGCCGGCCCCUUAUUCUGCAACUCAUCAACGUACCCGAGGACGACAGCGCCCCCGAUCCAAACCUCGAUCCUUACAGAUCACCAGCUGCCGCUCGGCGAUCCGAGUGGGCUGAGUUCCAUCACAUCCCCAACCGGCGCUUCAAUGAUUUUUCUGACGUCAAGCGAGAGAUUGAGAAUGAAACCACGAGAGUCGCUGGUACCAACAAGGGCAUCAACAGGCAGUCUAUCAACCUCAAAAUCUACUCGCCCCAUGUUCUCAACCUGACUCUGGUUCCAAUCGGCGAUCAGCCCACCGAUAUUGAGAAGCAAACGAGAAACUUGAUUUCCGAAUACAUCGCCAAGCCCAAUAGCCUUAUUUUGGCCGUGUCGCCGGCCAAUGUCGACAUUGUCAACUCGGAGGCGUUGAAGCUCGCUCGACAUGUCGAUGCCCUAGGCAGAAGGACCAUCGGUGUACUGACAAAGCUGGACCUGAUGGACCACGGUACAAACGCACUUGAUAUCCUUUCCGGCCGUGUCUAUCCCCUGAAGCUUGGAUUCAUUGGCGUUGUGAACCGAUCGCAGCAGGAUAUCCAGGGCAACAAGCCCAUGGAGGAGGCUCUUCAAGCAGAGAUGGACUUCUUCAAGCACCACCCGGCAUAUCGCAACAUCUCUACCCGAUGCGGAACGCAAUUCUUGGCCAAGACGCUCAACUCCACCCUGAUGUCUCAUAUUCGAGAGCGGUUGCCAGAUAUCAAGGCUCGGCUGAAUACGCUUAUGGGUCAGACUCAGCAGGAGCUGGCUAGCUACGGUGACAUGGCUUUCAGUGGCAAGGAGCAUCGUGGUUCGCUCAUCCUGCAACAAAUGACUCGGUUUGCAACCUCCUUUAUCUCUUCCAUCGAUGGCACGUCGACGGAAAUUUCCACAAAGGAGCUGUGUGGUGGUGCCCGAAUCUACUACAUCUUCAACUCUGUCUUUGGCAGCUCGCUCGAAUCCAUUGAUCCCACUUCUAACCUUACAGCCUUGGAUAUCCGCACCGCCAUCCGAAACUCGACCGGUCCUCGGCCCAGCUUGUUCGUGCCUGAAAUGGCUUUCGAUCUGCUUGUAAAGCCCCAGAUCAAACUCUUGGAAAUUCCCAGUCAACGUUGUGUCGAGCUUGUGUAUGAGGAGCUGAUCAAAAUCUGCCACACCUGUGGAUCUACCGAGCUCUCGCGAUAUCCUAGAUUGCAAGCCAAGUUAAUCGAAACGGUGUCAGACCUGCUUCGGGAGAGACUUGGUCCCGCCUCUUCCUAUGUUGAGUCUCUCAUCUCCAUCCAGCGGGCAUAUAUCAACACCAACCAUCCCAACUUCCUUGGUGCCGCUGCAGCCAUGAGCAAUGUUGUCAGCGCAAAACAAGAACGUGAACGGAAGCGAUUGAUCCAGGAGGAGCGUGAGCGUCGGGAAAAGCGCCGCCUCAAGGAGCUCGGCGUCAACGGGGAGCCUACGGAGGAUGGGCUAGAGGGUAGUGUCAUGGCGAAGGGCGAGAACAGCCGCAAGAAUAACUCCAAAUCUGGCCGAAGCCUUUCACCUGCUGUUCACGAGAAUGCUCAUGGCAGCCUUGCCGCUGCCGUCAAUGGCAUCCGGCCUAACUCUCCUUCACGGGUGAACGGUCAAGCCUUGGGUGCCAGGGAUACCUUUUUGAACUAUUUCUUCGGCAAAGACGGUGCUGCUCUGCAGAGUGCUCUGCCUGGCAGCUCUGCCAAUCCUGGAAGGCAUAUCAGCCAGUCUUCUGAGCCGAGCAUAUCUCAGUCCAUCCGCCGAGAGGAGAGGGUUGCACUACGGCCUGCGCCCUCUCACUCUCAAGUCGACGAGUAUGAUCCCACCGGACGAAGCUACGGUCUUGCGUCACACCUUGGCGAGUCCAACGAACCCGCCAUGACCGACCGUGAAGUCAUGGAAACUGAGCUCAUACGGGCCCUCAUCUCUUCCUACUUCAACAUUGUCCGGGAAUCUAUCGCCGAUCAAGUGCCCAAAGCUAUUAUGCACCUGCUGGUUAACCAUUCCAAAGACGUUGUUCAGAACCGUCUGGUCAGUGAGCUGUACAGGGAGAGCUUGUUUGAGGAGCUCUUGUACGAAGACGACGGUGUCAAGAAGGAGCGCGAGAAAUGCGAGAAGCUGCUCCAAACAUACAGGGAAGCCGCCAGGAUUAUUGGCGAGGUUUUAUAA